AAUACGCUGCCCUUUUUCAAGAAACCAUGGCUCAUUCUUGCAUCCUGUCUGAAGUGGCAUAUUAAGAUGGAAGUGCCUAAUAAGUCAUGGGUUGACGGCCCCUUUGAGCUCAUCAGCGCGUCAAAAUUACUAAUGAUCGGACUCACACGUAGCUUAACAAACGAGCUGAAGGUGCUCGGAAAUGCGCUGCAGGCAUGGCUGUCGUCCAUAACCUAUUCCUGCGAGGCGUCAACGCCAUCUAUCUCCAGGCAAUCAAUGUCGCCGAGAAAGGAACACAAAAAGACAAGGUGGACUUUGCAAGCUUUGCAUGGGCAUGGAGCCAAGAAAUCCAGGAACAUCAUGACAUUGAGGAGGAAAAGAUCUUUCCAGAAAUCAACAGAAUCACCGGCGUACCAGGGUUGAUGGACGCCAACAUCGACGAGCAUCGAUUAUUCCACGAAGGACUGGAUCGCUUUACAACCUACAUCGAAAAAGUCCGCAAAGAAGAGGAGAAGCUCGACGGCGAAAAGCUCAGAGAAAUCAUCGACUCAUUCAUGCCCGCACUCAGAACACAUCUGGACAACGAAAUCGAUACCCUUGUCGGACUCGAAAAGUACGCCGACAAAUGCGACUGGGGAGCGUGGUUCGAGAAAACAGGGGCCGAGAUAGGAUCUAACGCCAUGAAGAAAGCGUCUCAUCGUAACGAGAUUUUGCCGCUGGCUCUGAUUCUUCACGAUAAGGAUUUCGAAGGUGGUAUCUGGGCGGAUUUUCCUCCUCUUCCCUGGAUUGCACUGGUUGCUAUUCGAUGGUUGUUUGUUCGUACGCAUCAAGACUGGUGGCGGUUCGCGGGGUGUAAUUCCUCGUCUAAUCGACAGGAUUUGCCAUUUGCUUAAUGCUGUUGGUUCGAGGGUUGUUGGUUCUGGGAUAUAUAGUGGAUAUGUUAGAAUGAGAUGUUACCCUGAUACAUAACAGAGUUGCAUAGAGAACAGUUGUCUCUCACUCGUAGAACUGCGGUGUGAAAAGACUAUACGCCAUAUUCACGUGAGAGCCAUACAAUAUCUCCUCGUUCACAGAACCCUAGAGGCUUAGCUUACCGGUACCGUGAUAUUGGGAAGAGGGCUUGCC